AUGUCGACAACGAUUGCUGACGCUUACAACCUCUGUAUCAAGAUAUUUUAUCUUGCUUGCGAUUCUGACGGCGCAAACAUGGAAUACAGCCAAGCGGUACCCAUAGAGUCUAUGCGCAACGAGCUAGCUCGAUUACAGCUCUGGGGCGAUGAUUUGGAGAUUGACUCUCUCGACUUAGGUCUAUAUCCAGGGGACCAUCUCAAAAUGGAUGUGUUGGAACAUUUAAUGGAGAUUGUGCAGUUUCUCUCUCACCAAAUGCCGUCGCUGCUCCGAAACGAGCAGCACAUGGGGCUUGAAAUGCUCUACCACUGGAAGAAACUAUGUAUGGAUGCAAACAUUCGUAAGAACGCUGGGAAGGCCGAGAUAUCAGACUCUGACAGUGUUGACUUCGACGAUGACCUGGAGGAUGCUAUUGAAUUGAUAGGCUUUAGAACAACAUGCCUGCUAGAGCUCUCACCAAUCCUAGAGCAAUUGAUCGAAGCCAGAAAGAAGGCUGAAAGGUCAGAGAUUGACAGCGAACUUCCGAUAACACACGGCUAUGCCUUUCAUUAUUCCAGAGCACUUCGCGAUCGGUUCCCUGAAGCAUCCCAAACGUUGCUCGAUCGACUUGGGCAAGCCAAUGAACAAAGACACAGAAUCCUUCGAGAAAGACAUGCGAAAUAUCAGAGUCAAAGCGAACAUAUCGCGUCUCUACUCUCGAAAACCGUCGCAAGCCAAUCAGCUUUUCAUGAUUCGGGCAUAGGGACGACAGAGUCCGCGAACAGUGUCUAUCCUAGAAGUAAUACGAGUCUCUCAUCUUUCGCCUCAAGCAAAACACAAGAAACCGCCGGUCUGAGGGUACCUCCAGCGCCAAAGGAGGUGAUUGGUCGAAAAGCUUUCAAAGCCACAGGUCAAGCAACAGACGACACAAUCAAGAGUCCUUCUCAAGACCAGAGAAUUUGUCCUCUAUGUCAAGAGUGUUCCGCCCAAUCACAAGAAAGUUUCAUCCGCCAUUUAGCACAGCAUUUGGAAGAAAUUGCUUUGAUGGCACUUCCGCCAAGUUACGAUGAAGAUAGUGACUAUUCAUCGUGUGAGGACGAUGACAACCGUAACGAAAAGCGAGAGUAUACUGACAAAAUCUUAAAUCAAACUACUGAAGAGAGAGACACUUAUGCUGGGCUCUACCUUGACACUGAACGUCAAUCGCAUGAACCUGACUUACCAGAUACCUUCUUGAAAUCUCAAAAACCCUCGGCAUCCUCCACACAAAAGGCUAUAUUACAUUGCUUAGCCCCCCGGUGCACUUAUCAAACAGACCGUCUUCACGACCUUAAGCGUCACAAGCAGAGCAGCCAUGAUACUCCAGAAGACCUGUAUAAAGCCGGGGUACUGACAGAUUGUCCGUACGAUGACUGCGGACACGUUGGGAAAAACGGCUUUAAACGUAAGGAUCAUCUGCGAGAUCAUACCAGACGCUGGCAUAUGAUGGACCUACCAAAGGAGAUGGGAGGAACAGGCAAGAAGGUGCCUCCACCAUCGAAGAAAUAA